GCAUCUGCUGCUUACCCCCAGCCAGCAGGCACUGUGACCACUGUCAGGGAGAGCCGUUUGCAGCCGCGCUGGGGCUGUUCCUACGCCCUUGAGCCCCUUCUCCACCGGGUUUCCUUCCUAGUGCACCCUGCCUCCGCCUUUGGACACUGCUCCGGAAGCCGGGGCGCACCGGUGGUCUGCUUGAGGGUUUCAGAUGCACGCCAGGUUUCCGCUGACUGCCAGAAUUCGAGAUCACUACACAUGGAUCCCCCAAACCAGCAUGGCAGUGCCAGUUCAUUGGUGGUGACCCAGCAGCCUGCCCUGGACAGCCGGCAGAGGCUCGACUGCGACAGAGAGGGUCCGCCUGCUGCUAUCUUGUCCCUAGACCAGAUCAAGGCCAUCCGAGGCAGCAAUGAGUACACGGAGGGGCCCUCGGUGGUGAAAAGACCUGCACCCCGGGCAGCCCCGCGACAGGACAAGCACGAGAGGACUCAUGAGAUCAUACCGAUCAAUGUGAAUAACAACUACGAGCACAGGCCUGCGAGCCACCCGGGACACGCAGGCCUCUCACCUCACGCCCGAGGCCCCGGGCUGAGCAGGUCCACCAGCACCGGGAGUGCAGCCAGUUCUGGGAGCAGCAGCAGCGCCUCUUCGGAGCAGGGCCUGCUGGGAAGGUCGCCGCCAGCCAGACCUGUCCCUGCACAUCGGUCUGAGAGGGCGAUCCGGACCCAGCCCAAGCAGCUGACUGUGGAUGACUUGAAGGGCUCUUUGAAAGAGGACCAGACCCAGCACAAGUUCAUCUGUGAGCAGUGUGGGAAGUGUAAGUGUGGCGAGUGCACGGCCCCCAGGACCCUGCCUUCCUGCCUGGCCUGCGACCGGCAGUGUCUGUGCUCGGCGGAGAGCAUGGUGGAGUACGGCACCUGCAUGUGCUUGGUCAAGGGCAUCUUCUACCACUGCUCCAAUGACGACGAGGGCGACUCGUACUCCGAUAGCCCGUGCUCCUGCUCCCAGUCACACUGCUGCUCUAGGUACCUGUGCAUGGGAGCCAUGUCUCUGUUUCUACCUUGCUUACUCUGUUACCCUCCUGCCAAGGGAUGCCUGAAGCUGUGCAGGGGGUGUUACGACUGGACCCACCGCCCGGGGUGCAGAUGUAAGAACUCCAACACCGUCUACUGUAAGCUGGAGAGCUGCCCCUCCCGGGCUCAGGGCAAACCCUCCUGAUUUGGGAGGUGGGCCGGACCUCCCGGACACCUAACUUUCAAGCAGUGGCUGUUGGAAAAAAUGCUAUUGGAUACUGGUUUAUUUCCUUUACGACUUUCCCGUUUCCUGCCUUCUCCCCCUCUGUUCCCAAGGCGUGGCUUGUGCAUGGUACCUUCCCGUGGACGGUCAGUGAGAAUGACUGGGUCCCACUCAGGACAAGAGCCUCUGCCACCCACUCGGGAGGGUGUUGGCAGCCACCGGCUGGGGUUUUGUUUAGCGUUUUUGUUCUGCGAGCGACUUUUCCAAAGUUGUCCACAUGCACAGGUCACAGUGAUUUAGAGCUGGUUUUGCUGGGGUUACUCUGGGAGCAGGGAAGUUGGUGUUUAAAGAAGCAACCGUUUAAUUGCUGAAAUAAGCUAUGUAUUCCGUCUUUCUCCAGGUAGGGCUGUCUUCCUAGCGCUGGACCCUGAAGUAGCAUGGGGGAUAUGUUUUUGUUAGAAAGGUUUUCCUUUAACCCCUGCCCCUCAGGGUUCCCUCCCCUCGGUUCUGCAUUGUCUUAUUCUCGAGAUGCUAGGUAUUUCUUUUUCCUUUGUUUUGUAUGUAAUGUUAGGUUCGCUCUACAGUGGAAAUCUUCACAUUGGAGAUAUAUUGGUUGUAUCUUGCUGACCCACAGUCUAGCUUUCGUUUUCGUGAAGGACCAGCUGCCUUCCUUCCGUACCCCACACUUUCACCAACUCUCUCUUGUCGUUGAGGGCACUUGGGUCACUAAAGUCGGUGUUUAUAGCCGAUCGAUCUGCAAGUGUCAGAAGUCCGCUUCCUAGAGUGAUCUCGGCUCCUGAACGGUCCCUCUGCCCGGGUUAGUUAACAGCUGAGUAAGUCUAAUCUCUUCUGUUUUCAUUGCCUUAACCACAAAUUGUGGUGCUUUUUGUAUAUUUUAUGUAUAAAUCACAAAGUUGAAUUCUGACUAUUUUUAAGACAAAAAGUCUGUUAAACUUUUUUAUUGUAAAGAAUAUUUAUUAUGCGAAUCUCUAUUAUUUUAUGAUAUUUAUUGCAAAAAAACUGUUGAAAUGUACUCAUGUCUGAAUAUAACAAAAUAUCAAUACAUAACGGAAAAUAAGGCGGCGCGAAGAAAGUGCAUAUGUUAACUAUAAUGCAGAAAUAUAUUAAUUAAUGAAACUGCCUCUUGAUCUCUUCAUUUAUUGGCCUGUGCUGUUACGGUGAUUUGG